AUGGCGACUCUCCCACCUUUCGCCCCGUUCCCCUCAUCCACAUGGCGCUCUCAUCUCACCCCGCAGGACUGGAAUGCCCUCAUCGACGCCUGGACGACGCUCUCACAGGCAUACCUCGCCCAGACCGACGCUCAACUUUCAAAAGCAGUCUCGAAAGACGACUCCCUCCCAGCCUUCCUCUCGACGUUUAUCACAGAGGUCGCAGAGGCCAGCCCAGCCGCGACAAUAGGCUCAUCCCCGCCAGCAAAGGUGCUUCUCAGAACGGCGUUCACCCUCACAGCCCGCCUUCUCACGCUCUCAUCGCCCCCGCCGAUACCUCUCACGACACCCACCUUUCUCGCCAGCUUCAGCAAGCUCUUCCGGAAAAAUGCGCCAUCUGUCCUCACGAAAGCAUGGAAGGCGCACGCCGCGGCCUUUGAGACGUCGCUUGCGGGUUUGAAGAAGUCGCUCACGCAGUCCCUGGAAGCAGGGAUGAAGGCCGACCUCAAAUCGCUCGAGAGCAGGCUGGCCGGGCUGAACCACCUGCUGCACGCAUCCCCUGACGCGGCGGCGUUCUUCCUCGCCGGGUCAGAUUUCUCAGACGGUCUGGUGUCUGCAUUCAAAAUCACGAACCCGCCAUUGCGAAAGGUUCUCAUCACAACGAUGUACCUAUGUCUCAUCGGGCUCAAAGAGGGCGAGACGCCGCGGUUCGGCAUGCUCGCCGACGUUCUCUUCUCCCUCAAGUCCGCGGCGGAGACGCAUAAGGCCGGACCGCUCAACGUCAACGACUCCCUUGUCGCGGAGCUAGUAACAGUCACACCGGUACUGAAGCAGCUGCUCAAGCGGGCGGAGGAAAAGGGUGCGGCGUCGACGGCGCUAAAGACGAGGAUCUCAGCGCUGGAAGGGUUCAAGAAGCCUGGUGGGGGUUUCAUGAGGCCCAAGAGGCUCGUGAAGAGGAAGGUCGACAAGGGCAAGGGGGUCGUUGACGCGGGGGAUGUGCAGGCCGAGUUGCAUAUUCACAGGCAAAGCCAGAUCGCGCUCAUCCAAGACCUGUUCCCCGAUUUGGGGUCCGCGUUUGUGUCGAAGCUAUUUGAUGAGUUUGGAGAUGACACGGAGGUUGUCACGUCGCAUCUGUUGGAGGAUGAUCUGCCGCCACAUCUCAGAGACUUGAACCGUGGCGAGCAACUAUCACCCAAGAUCGAGCGGCGCUUCAGCCACGACAUCGCACCUCGACCCACACCACCACAACUCCCCCAACGCCACAACGUCUUCGACGACGACGAACUAGACCGACUAGACCUAGACGUCUCCAAACUCCACUUCGGCAAGCGAAACCCCGAAAAGACAGCCGACGACGUGCUCAAAGACCGCUCCACCGCGCCCAACAAGGCCGCCAUCCUCUCGGCCCUCGCGGCCUUCGACUCGGACGACGACGAGCGCGACGACACCUACGACGCAGACGACGUCGGCGGCACCGUCGACGCCGGCGCCAAUGAGGAGGCCGACGGGCAGAACGAUGCCAGCGAGGAGACGCUGUUCAAGGCGUUCCAGGCGGAUCCGACUGUGUUUGACCGCCAGGCUGCGACGCGGAGGGGACAGCCGAGGGCGAGGCUGAGAGAGGAGACGGGCAUGACGGAUGAGGCUAUUGAGGGGUGGGCGGUUAUGCUCGCGAGGAACCCGGCGCAGAAGAGGAGGUUGGAGGCGAAGUACAGCGGCGCCGCGGCGUUUACCGGCGCGCAGACGGAGUUGCGGUCCACGGCGUGGAGGGCCAGUCCUGCGGGAUCUGGUGCCGAGGAGUCGGAGCAGGAUGGAGCCGGCGGCUCGUCAAGAGGUGGGAGAGGUGGGCGCGGCCGUGGUGGUGGUCGGGGUCGUGGCAGAGGCGGCGGGCGUGGAGGAAAUGUGGCAGGUCCGACUGGAGACAAGGACACGGAGGCAGCGCGGAGGAGGAAGGAAGCCAGCAAGGGCUCCAGAGCGAAUCACAACCGUCGCGACCAGCGCGCGAGGAAGAUGGGACGAGGGGGGCUGCCUGGAUAA